GGGGGACAGCGUGUAGACAGGCGUUUGAAGUAGAGGCGCAGUGACGCGGAUCACCCCUCUUCCUUGACUUACUGGGUUCCAGUCCUGCAUCCUGGGUGAUUCCCGGUUGGAGCUGCUGCGGGGCUGCCGCCAGUGAGGGGGGUUAUGUGUGGCCGAUUAUGCUGAAACCAUGGCGCAAGUAGAGAAGAAAGCGGGGCUCCUCCGAAAGUCGUCCGCCUCCAAGAAGCCCUUGAAAGAGAAGGUGGUGCUGAUGUACGAUGAGAUCUUUGCGAAAGAGGAUCCGACCAAAUCCAACCCCCGAUUUUGGGAUGAGCUUUUUCUUAUGAAGGUCAAUCUGGAAUAUCUGGAGGCCAAGUUAGAAUCGCUAGAUGGAGAAGAGUUAAUGAAGAUAAAGGAUAACAUUAAUAGCCUGUUCCAGCACUGCAUCCAGGCCCUGAAGGCAGAGCACCAGAUCCGAGUGGUCAACUCAUUACAGACGCUAUGCGCCCUCAUUCGGGGAGUUCAUCAGAAGAACAAGCCGACGUCCGGCUUCGAUAUUAUUAACAUGCUGAUGGGCUUUGACAAGGCAGAACUUCGUAUGAAGAAUCUCAUGGAGAGCCUGGAUAUUCUGCUGUGUGGGGAGGGCUCGGAAAGCCUGAAGAGUCUCUGCCUGAAGCUGCUCCUCUGCUUAGUCACCGUGACGGAUAACAUCAGCCAGAACACCAUUUUGGAAUAUGUCAUGAUCAAUAGCAUAUUUGAAGCCAUUUUACAGAUUUUGUCCCAUCCUCCCAGCCGCAGGGAACACGGCUACGAUGCUGUGGUCUUGCUGGCACUUCUAGUGAACUACAGGAAAUAUGAAUCUGUGAACCCGUACAUCGUGAAGUUGUCCAUCGUGGACGAUGAGGGGACUCUGAACGGGAUGGGACUGGUGAUCGCCCGGGCAUUAUUUGAAUAUAACACGAAAUACCGGGACAAGGAGGAGGAGAACCAGACCGGCUUCUUCUCAGCCCUGACAAGUAUGGUGGGCAGUAUGUUCAUUGCAGAUGCAGAUGAGAAAAUCUCCGUGCAAACUAAUGAAGCCAUCUUACUAGCACUUUAUGAAGCCGUGCAUCUCAAUAGGAACUUCAUCACUGUCCUGGCACAGAGUCAUCCUGAGAUGGGGUUAGUGACUGUCCCAACCACCCCUCUCCCAACUACUCCCACCACCCCGCUGGGUACAACACCUCCUUCUUCAGAUGUCAUCAGUCCGGUGGAGCUGCCGCUCGAUGCUGACGUACAGACGAGUAACCUGCUCAUUACCUUCCUGAAAUACAGCUCCAUUGUUAUGCAAGACACAAAAGAUGAGCAUCGGCUUAAUAGCGGGAAGCUCUGUCUCAUCAUCCUCACCUGUAUUGCUGAGGACCAGUACGCCAACGCCUUCCUACAUGACGACAACAUGAACUUCCGCGUAAACCUCCACAGAAUGCCCAUGAGGCACCGAAAAAAAGCAGCCGACAAGAACAUACCCUGCCGGCCGCUGGUGUGCGCUGUGUUAGAUCUGAUGGUGGAAUUCAUAGUCACCCACAUGAUGAAGGAGUUUCCCAUGGACUUGUAUGUACGCUGUAUACAGAUUGUCCACAAGCUCCUGUGCUAUCAGAAGAAGUGCCGAGUGCGGCUGCAUUAUACCUGGAGGGAGCUGUGGGCAGCUCUGAUAAACUUGCUGAAAUUUCUCUUGUCUUACGAGACUGUUCUCCUGGCUAAACACAAUAUUUUCACUUUGACUUUGAUGGUGGUGAAUCUGUUCAAUAUGUUUAUCACCUAUGGAGACACUUUCCUUCCGACCCCCAGCAGCUACGAUGAGUUGUACUACGAAAUCAUUCGCAUGCAUCAGAUAUUUGACAACCUUUACUCUAUGGUGCUUCGACUUUCUACCAAUGCAGGGCAGUGGAAGGAACCAGCUAGCAAAGUGACCCAUGCGUUGGUUAAUGUCAGGGCCAUCAUAAAUCACUUUAACCCUAAAAUAGAGUCCUAUGCCGCUGUAAAUCACAUCUCACAAUUAUCAGAGGAACAGGUAUUAGAAGUUGUACGCUCCAACUAUGACACUCUGACUUUAAAACUUCAAGAUGGCCUUGACCAGUACGAACGAUAUUCUGAGCAGCACAAGGAAGCCACUUUCUUUAAGGAGCUGGCUCGAUCCAUUAGUAUCAAUGUACGGAAAAACCUCGCCUUCAACACCCUGAGCCAAGAGGCACUACUGAAAGAAUUCUCCACCAUCUCCUGAGACCCUCCGUAACGGUCAGCCAUCAGGACUAGUCCCCAUCACCAUGCACUAGGGGACGACACCUGUUCAUCGCUCCUUUAUACACAAUACCUGAUUAUUAUGGACGGGCAAGUAUUGAAGUCGGCCCAUGUGUCCGCCCUGAAGAGGAGGUGAAGAACGGUGGGGAGUCGCCCUAAGAAAAACUUUUUUUUUCCAUGUUUGUUUUUGGAUUUUUUUACAAUAAAUGCUAACCCCCCCAAGAGAGGGAAAGGCCGGAGGACUCCACAGCAGAUUGGGAAAGGUUGUUCCCGUUUGUAUAGUGAGAAAUAAAAUGUUCUUCUAACA